ACACGAAUGAUAUCUCGUCAGAAGCUUCGAGUAAAUCGAUGAACGUGGCGCUCGGGUUAGAAUUCUGAUGAAAUAUACGAACUUUCGAGAAAAUAUAGGAGAGGGUAAGUUUCGUUUCUUUGCACGAGGAGGUUACACAACGUGCGCAACUGUGCUUGCCGGUACAAGAUAAUCAGAUACAUCAGAACUAAAAGAAAUAACUCGUCGAUUAAACAUGGCCGCCAAUGCUGCUGUUAGUUCCGUUAAAAGGCUUAUACCCUUGUUCGAUAGAGUUUUAAUAAAAAGAGCAGAAGCUAUAACAAAAACGAAAGGAGGAAUUGUUCUUCCUGAAAAAGCACAGGCUAAAGUUUUACAAGGAACUGUCGUAGCUAUAGGACCUGGCUCUCGAAACAAUAAAGGGGAACAUGUUCCCUUGAGUAUUAAAGUCGGUGAUACAGUGUUACUGCCCGAAUAUGGAGGUACAAAAGUUGAACUCGAAGACAACAAGGAAUAUCAUCUAUUUCGUGAAUCUGACAUUUUAGCAAAACUAGAAGUUUAAAUGUUCACCAAGUACAGAAUAAGAUAAUUAAUUUUUUUGUAAGUUCUCAAUAAAAAUUAUUUGAUAAAUCUUCAAGAGUACAUGUAAAAUAAAUACGAACGAUGUAUAAGAGGAAAGAUUGUUAACAUUUACAUUUUCUUUGCAAAACGAUUGUUAAGAUAAGUGUCAUUUUUUCGUACAUAAAUAAAAUUGUUUAUUUGUUUCUCAUAAUCAAAUAAAUGCUA